CUGGUCCAACGGUUCGUGUUAGACCUUCGGAAGUACUGCGGCCUCCAUUGCACAGCGUCUUUGGUCAAGUUAUAAUCACUCAACGAACGUUUUGUUCACAUCCAACACAGUUGCAGUUCCGACAACAUCCACAAUAAUGUCCACGCAUCCUUCUCCAGACCCAUUUCAACCCAUGACCAUGUCGCCAUCUUCUAGUGUGCAACAUUCACCCCCUGUUGAUCUCAGACGUAUGACGUCCAAUUCGACACUGCUUAACCCCCCAAAAGAUUCAACUAGGGAGCACAGACUAUCAACGCAUCCUUCUCAGCACUUGAAUACAAGGUUGGGCUCUCGCUCACCCUCUUCAAUUCCUUCAUCGCCGACAUCUGCCCACUCAUCGUCAUCCGCAAUUUUCGAGCGUGAUAUUGAGCCUAUGCACCCUCCAUCUCCCCCAUCUCACCCGAAUCCCCAUCGCAUUGCACGCGCAAAAGGCACUGAGCAACUCGAACACAGUGUACCUUCUGUGCUCGACAGUGCUGCUUCCAUUCUCGCAGCCUCUUCUCCCAUGGAAGAAGAUCACAUUUCUGUCGUUAGUCCUUCGCGAGAUCGUGAUCGCCUCACUGCCAGCGGUUUUGCUAGCCCAAUCGGUAGCUUGAGAAGCAGGAGCCCAAGUCCAUCAGGAAGGACGAGCUUGGGCCCGUCACCCCCCCUAAAUAUUUCUACACCGGGUGUGGGAGCGGGCAGUCCGCAGCGACUGAGCAUCCAGACCAGCCCACUCGCUUUUCCCUCGAAACAGGGUACGAGUAGCAAGGCCUCUUCCCCACCUUCUAUCAACACGCCUGCAUCUGUAUAUUACUCAACGCUUUCAUCAGUCGAACCGUCACCUACGACCACGACUAUGGAGCAUCCCCCUGCAGUGCUCCCUCCUAACGCCAUGUCAACACUCUCACCUUCAUCGACCUACACAUCUUCACCUUAUUCGCGUCCCAUCACUAUCUCCCACCCCCCGUCCCCGACGCACGGUCCCACUAAGCGUCUCUCGUUCAUGAGUUACGCCGAUCUGCUCGCAUCGACACCCGCAUCAAUGGUUCCGCUGUCAUCAUUUACCAGCUGUGCAACUCCCGACCCGCCACCUCACAUUCCAGGUGUCGAAGGGUACGCGCUCAACCAACACGAUGCUGCUAGUCUAAGCGGUCGUGAGCGUGACAGCAUCGCCCUACUCGAUGACGUCGGUGGCGAGUGGGAGCGCGAGGGUCUCGGACGAGGCCUCGAAGAGAGAUUGGAGGCCUUGAUGAUCGUCCCUGGUAGAGCAUAAAUCUGGAGGCGCUGAAGUCAAACAGUCCCGCCUUUUGUGACUUGCUCGCUGCGAAUCCAACAUGAAACUAAUGAUAUCUUACGAUUUCACGCUGUAUUAAUCCGUCCUUCGUUCUAUGCAUAUCUUUCGCUAUUUCUAUUUCUAUUCCUAUUCCUAUUCCCGCCCUCGAUACCGGCUACCUACUCCGUUGUUUUCCGCGACGUCGAGUCAAUAAAAUAUCUAUGUAAGAUCGUCUUAUUUCGUUACUUAUGAUAUGAUCGAUUUCUUCGCAUUUGGAUACUAUGACUGAGGGAUACUUUACUCUUUUGCGCAGAUUUCCCUUGAUGUUUAGUGUCGGGUAUUCGUAUGUUGAUACGAUGCAAUGAUUCAGACAGUUGUUGUCAAGUUA